UACUUUUUUUUUAAUUGCGCAGCGCCGUAGUCCGCCAUUUUCGUAAUAGUCAAGAACGUUUUGUGCUAUUACAGCCGGUCGAUUCCGUAAUAACAAUCAUUUUAUUUUAGUAUAACUAAUCGCGGUUUGAUUAAGUCCUCAUUCGCAAUAAAAAUGUCCAACGAGCAGGAAGAAACGAUCAACUCUGCAGCCGAGUCGCAGCAGAAGGGAGAAAUGAAUGGAACACCCAAGAAUGAAUCCAUUCAAAGCAGGAAGGAGAGACCCCAGAAGAGAGGUGGAGGUGGUCGUUUUGAACCUUACGGCAAUGUCAACAAAAGAUACCGUGUCUUUGUCAGUAACAUCCCCUAUGAUGUAAAAUGGCAAACCCUCAAAGACCUGAUGAAAGAAAUAGUGGGUGAGGUAACAUACGUGGAACACUUAAUGGACGCAGAAGGCAAAUCCAGGGGUUGUGCGGUUGUUGAGUUUAGGACUGAAGAACUAAUGAAGAAAGCCGUGGAAAAGGUCAACAAGCACAACCUCAAUGGGCGACCCCUUAAAGUGAAAGAGGACCCUGAUGGUGUCAUUGCCCACAGAGAAAUGAACAAGUCUCAUAUUGGGGGUCCCCCAGGAGGCCGUGGUGGAAUGGGGGGUAUGGGUGGUAUGGAUCGAAUGGGUGGUAUGGAUCGAAUGGGCGGUAUGGAUCACAUGGGUGGUAUGGAUCGCAUGGGAGGUAUGGAUCGCAUGGGAGGUAUGGAUCGCAUGGGCGGCAUGGAUCGUAUGGGCCCAGGACCAGGACCAGCUGGCCCCAUGGUCAACAUUCCUCCCAGCCUGAUGAACAACCCAAACAUCCCUAACGAGAUCAUUGUCGGUCUCCAAAAUGGCAGGAUUGGAAGCACUAUUUUUGUGGCAAAUCUUGAUUACAAAGUUGGAUGGAAAAAGCUGAAGGAGGUGUUUGGCAUGGCAGGUGUGGUGGUAAGGACAGACAUUCUGGAGGACAAGGAUGGAAAAAGCAGAGGCAUGGGCACAGUCACAUUUGAAAUGCCCAUUGAAGCUGUCCAAGCUGUCUCUAUGUUCAAUGGACAAAUCUUAUUUAACAGAAUUAUGCAUGUUAAACUGGAUGAAAAAUCCAUCCCCAAAGAUUUUGGUCAGUCAGACAGAGCGGCUGCACUUCCCCGUGGGCUAAGCGGUGUUGGUUUGGGCCUUGGACCUGGUGGUCAGCCUAUUGAUGCAACAAUGCUCAACAGAGGUGGUGGUGGUGGUGGUGGUAGUGGUGGUGGAGGGAUGGGAAUCAUGGGCCCUGGAGGAGUGGAUGGAAUGGGGUUUGGCAACAUGGGAGGUCGCAUGGGAGGAGGAGGAAUGGACAACUUUGGCGGAAUGAACAACAUGGAUCGUUUUGGUUCCUCAGGGAUGGGGCGAAUGAAUGAGAUGGACCGUGGGAUCGGUGGCUCUUUUGACAGGGACUUUGGACGAAAUGAAAUGGGAAUGUCUCGCAAUAAUUUUGGAGAUUCCUUUGAAAGAGGAAUGGGGAAUUCCCUGGGUAUGGAUCGCAUGAACUCUGGAAUGGACCGCCUUGGAAGUAACAUGGAUCGCAUUGGUGGGAUGAGCAUGGACCGGACGGAUCGUGGGUCUGACCUGGACCGGCUGGGAUCUGGGUUCGACCGUAUGAGCUCAGGGAUGGACCGGAUGGGUUCCAGUAUGGAUAGGCUUGGACCAAGCCUCGAUCGUAUGGGAUCUAACAUGGAUCGCAUUGGCCCUGGGGGAUUUGACCGGCUAGGCCCAUCUAAUAUGGAUCGCAUGGGGUCCAACGUGGAUUUUGGCUCCACAGUUGGCAUGGAUCGCAUGGGCAGCACUGGACUCGACAGAAUGGGAAGCAACUUCGAUCGCAUGGGAUCUGCCGGAGGCCUUGACCGCUUUUCCUCUGGUGGCUUUGACCGCAUGGGCUCUGGGAUGGACCGGAUGGGAUCUGGAGGUGUUGGUCAGUUUGAUCGCUCUGGUGAUAUGGAUCGUGGGUUUGGAGGAAAUUCUUUCGGGGGAGUUGGAGGGCCUGGAAUUGGGGGAAGCAAUCUCAGGAAAGGAUGCCAGAUCUUUGUCAGAAAUCUACCAUUUGAUUUCACCUGGAAGAUGCUGAAGGACACGUUCAAUACAUGCGGGAUUGUCCAGUAUGCUGAUAUCAAGAUGGAAAAUGGAAAAUCCAAGGGCUGUGGUGUGGUUCGCUUUGACAACCCUGAAACUGCUGAGCGUGCCUGCCGCUCCAUGAACGGCUAUCGCCUGAACGGAAGAGAGAUUGAUGUUAGGAUUGAUAGAAACGCUUAAUUCACACAUGUCACAUCUGACAGUUUUAGUCAGCAAUGUCUAAUUACUCUGCAAGGUCAGAAUUGUUCUCCAUAUUUGGUUUAGUAGAUGUUAGUGAAAAUUAUUUUAGUUGGUAACUUGUCCAAGUUAAUGUUUUUAGUUUAUACUCAUAUUGGUAUUCUGUGUUUUAGAGAACAAACUUUUAAUUCUUUUUUGUUUGAUUAUGCUUCA